AGCGAGCGAGCGAGCGAGGGGAUAUUCCUCUCCCGGCUUGAGUCAGACGCGGGCGGAUCCGUCCUCCCCCGUCCCCUCCCGGGAGACGGGAACUUACUUCAUUUCCCUGGGGCAGGUUCGCCCACGUCGCCCACCCUGCCCCCCACCGCCUCUCCACUCCCCCCCCCACCCCUUCCUCCUCCCGCUGCCGCGCGGCCUCCCCCCCCCCUCCGGACCCGCACCGGCCGACACCCCCUCUUUCGGGGAAAAGGAGGCCGCAGACACCUGGGGGGCCGGGCGGGGGAGGGGGCGGGGGCUCCCUCGCCGCCGCCGCCGCCGCCGGAUCGUUGUCCAACACGUGAGACUCAUGUGAUUGAAGCCGGGGAGGGCGGGCAGGUCCUCCUUCCCUCCCCGGCCGCGGCCAGACGUGCCUGGAGUCACAGGGUUGAACACGUAGCUCCCACCCACCCACUCGCUCCCAUUUAACCCAGCCCGCAGCCUCUCCUCCAGUACUCCCCGGCUCGGCCCCCCCCUCUCUCCUCCGCCCCCCCCUCCCGGCUCCCGCCCUCCCGCCUCCCUCCCCGCCCGCCCCACUCCUCAUUCACUUGGCUCGCACGGUGCAGACCGCGCUCGGAGCACACACCGCCAGUCCGUGCGCAGAGCCGGAGCGCCGCGGAGACCCCGGGCCAUGCACGCCCCCCGCUGACGCGACCACCGCCACGCCAGCCGCGAGCUUCGGGCAGAGCCCCGCGCGUCCCCGGGAGCUCCGGACUCCGCGGGACCCUCCGCCGAGAGAUCCCCCCCCCCCAUCUCCUCCUCGUCUUCUCCCCGAAAACCCCUUCCGGGACGGUCGGCAGCCGCGAGCAGCGCGCGGUGGCCCCGGUUCGCCGCGCCAUGGAGCGGAUCCCCAGCGCGCAGCCACCCCCUGCCUGCCUGCCCAAAACGCCGGUGCUGGAGCCCGGAGACCUGCCCGGGAUGGACUUCGCCCACAUGUACCAAGUGUACAAAUCGCGGCGGGGCAUCAAGCGGAGCGAGGACAGCAAGGAGACCUACAAACUGCCACACCGGCUCAUCGAGAAAAAGAGACGUGACCGGAUUAACGAGUGCAUCGCCCAGCUGAAGGACCUCCUCCCCGAACAUCUCAAACUUACAACUUUGGGUCACUUGGAAAAAGCAGUGGUUCUGGAACUUACCUUGAAGCACGUGAAAGCGCUAACAAAUCUAAUUGAUCAGCAGCAGCAGAAAAUCAUUGCCCUGCAGAGCGGUUUACAAGCUGGUGAGCUGUCUGGGAGAAGCGUGGAAGCAGGCCAAGAGAUGUUCUGCUCGGGUUUCCAGACCUGUGCCCGGGAGGUACUUCAGUACCUGGCCAAGCACGAGAACGCGCGGGACGUGAAGUCCUCGCAGCUGGUGGCGCACCUGCACCGCGUGGUCUCCGAGCUGCUGCAGGGGGGCCCGGCCAGGAAACCCUCGGACUCGGCCUCCAAAGCCGUGGACUUGAAGGAGAAGCCCGGCUCCCUGGUCCGAGGCUCCGAAGGCCCCGGGAAGAACUGCGUGCCGGUCAUCCAGCGGACUUUCGCCGCCUCGAGCGGGGAGCAGAGUGGCAGCGACACGGACACAGACAGCGGCUACGGGGGGGAGUCGGAGAAAGGCGACCCGCGUGGGGAGCAGCCCUACUUCAAAGGCGAGCACGGGCGCAGGUUCGCCCUGGGAGACCGGGUCAGCACCAUUAAGCAGGAGUCCGAAGAGCCCCCCUCCAAGAAGAGCCGCAUGCAGCUCCCGGACGACGAGGGCCCUUUCCCCGGCGGCGACCUCAUCAGCUCCCCUUUCCUGGCUCCUCACCCACACCAGCCUCCCUUCUGCCUGCCCUUCUAUCUGAUCCCCCCCUCCGCCACGGCCUAUCUGCCCAUGCUGGAGAAAUGCUGGUACCCCACCUCCGUGCCCGUCCUCUACCCGGGCCUCAACGCCUCGGCGGCCGCCCUCACCACCUUCAUGAACCCGGACAAGAUCUCCGCCCCUCUGCUCAUGCCUCAGAGACUCCCUUCCCCCCUGACAGCCCACCCGGCCCUCGACUCCUCCGCCCUGCUCCAGGCUCUGAAACAGAUCCCCCCUUUAAACUUAGAAACCAAAGACUAACCUCUAAGGGAUCGUGCUACUCUCCCUUCCUUCCCUCCUCCCUUCUCCUCCUCCUUCCCCUCUUCCCCCCCCCCCCCCUCCUUUCCAUCC